UGAGAUUGAGAAGGCAGAAAAAGAAAAGAGAUGGAUGAGUAGGUUGUGUUGGGAAAGUAACAUUGGAGAACAACAGAAGCCAUGUGGAAACCGUCUCCUACAGAAGGAGAAGCAGAGGCACCAAAGGCACCACCCAACAACCUGAUCCCGUCCCUUCCAGACGACGUCGCUUUGAACUGCAUAGCACGCAUCCCUCGCUGCCACCACCCAAUCCUAUCCCUCGUUUCCAAACCCUUCCGCACCCUCCUCUCUACCCCUCUCUUCUUCACCACGCGCUGCCUCCUCAACUGCACGCAACCCCUCCUCUACCUCACUCUCCGCACGCCCGCCUCCUCCCUCCAGUGGUUCACGCUCCACCGCACAGUCCCUAGCCCCCUCUUAGCGCCGCUCCCCCCAAUUCCCUCCCCCGCAGUGGGCUCCGCCUACGCCGUCCUUGGCUCCACCAUCUACGUCCUCGGCGGCUCCAUCAACGAUGUCCCCUCCCCCCACGUCUGGCUCCUCGACUGCCGUUUCCACCGCUGGCUUCCGGGUCCAAGCAUGCGUGUCGCUCGGGAGUUCGCCGCCGCGGGGGUCCUCUGUGGAAAGAUUUACGUUCUCGGUGGCUGCGUCGCUGACACGUGGGCCCGCUCCGCCAACUGGGCGGAGGUCCUAGACCCCGACGUUGGGCGCUGGGAGAGGGUGGCCAGCCCCUCCGAGGUCCGGGAGAAGUGGAUGCACGCCAGCGCGGUCGUCGGCGACAAGGUGUACGCGAUGGCGGACCGCGGCGGCAUCGCGUACGAGCCGCGCAGUGGAUCGUGGGAGAGCGUAGGCGGAGAAUUGGAUCUCGGGUGGAGAGGUAGGGCGUGCGUGGUGGAGGGUAUUUUGUACUGCUACGACUAUUUGGGGAAAAUCAAAGGCUUCGAUGUGGGGCGCGGGGUGUGGGAAGAGUUGAAGGGGUUGGAGAAGGGCUUGCCUAGGUUUCUUUGUGGGGCCACCAUGGCUGAUUUGGGUGGGAAAUUGUGUGUGGUGUGGGAGUGCCAAGGGAAUGGGAAAGAAAUGGAGAUUUGGUGCGCUGAGAUUGGAGUGCAGAAGGAUCCAGAUGGGAAUCUGUGGGGUCAACUUGGUUGGUUUGGGAAAGUUCUCUCUGUUCCCAAAGGCUCCUCUGUUGUGCAUUGUUCUUCUGUUUCCUUGUGACCUUUCUCUAGUCCAUCAAACUCAUUUUACCAUCAUUUAGGUUGUGUUUACUUCACUGCGAAAUAAACUGGUGUUCGUUUCUUGUGAUACAAGAUGAUGGAAUUGGACGGAUUUGCGAGAUAUAGGGGUUUUCAAAUCCUCAUACAGGGGUUUUCAAAUCUUCGCUGAAGUGCUAAGCUUUACAGUGAUUUCAAUUAAAAUGUUAUAUUUGUCCUCCUUCAUUUGUGAAAUACUAUAUAUAAAAUAACACGUACAGAAAGAAUGAUGGGUGAAGACAAAGGCAGCAGUGGUUGAAGAGGAAGAACGAAGCCCACCAAAGCAUGGUGUAUUUGGUUAUAGAAGAUGAGUAUUUGGUUCUUCUUGAACAAGGAAAAUUGAAUGCUGGCUUAUUCGGUUCCAGGAUUGUGUAUUGGGUUCCCCUACAUGCGUAUCCGAUUUCGCUUCAUCAAUGCAUCGGUGUAUUCGGUUCCGCCGCAACGUGUAUUCGGUUCCAACCAUCUUUAUUCGAUUUUCAGGUCGUGCAUUUGGCAAGUGGAGUGGUAUAUUGAUCUUCAAGGCUGAGAACAAAGCAUAAAGAGCUCUUAUCUGAGAGUCCAAGGAGAUGGACAAGUUUGAGGGCACGUGGAGGCUCUUCAAGCUUACAGUUCCACUUGAUAAGAUCUCGGCAAGGUUCUCGGUACUCAACAAAACCCACCCUUCCACCUAAGAGAAACCAAUAAAGAAAUAUUUUUUAAUUUUCAUUCCCUUCUCUCUUUCUUAUGUUGCUUCUCUGUUGCGAGCAGAAGCUUUCAUCGUCGUUAGGAAGUCUUUUGAUGCUAGAAAAGUAUGUUCUAAUAUCAGUUGUUCAAUGACAAACUAAAAUUCACUCUUCAA